AUGAUAUCACCUUAUUACCCGCAGGCUUCGCAGGUAGAACGCUUUAAUCGAAAUCUGAAGGCAGCCCUGACUAUCUUCCAUCACUCCCAACAUACCCGCUGGGAUGAAAAUUUACUUGCUCUCGCCGUGGCGUUUAAUACUGCCUGGCACGAGAGUACGGGUGCUACCCCAGCUCUCCUACUCCUGGGACGGGAGUUGAACCAUCCCUUGGGGAUGAGAUGGGAGUUGUCUGAGGUAGAUCUACAGCAGUCCCCUCAUGACACUAAGGAUUUUUGGGGACAGGCUCUGGCAAACUUGAAGCGAGCCCAGGAUAGGGUUGCCAGAUGUUAUAAUGCGUUGAGAAGUGAGGCCGUGUUUCGCCCUGGAGACCUAGUCCUAGAAAAACGACACCCCCAGAGCUCUAACAUUUUACAACAAUCUGCAAAAAUAGCUAUUAAACGGUCUGGACUGUGUGUCAUUGCAGAGUUUCUGACGCCAGUUACGGUUCACUCCGACCAGCUGUAA